AUGUCCAUGUCGACGGUGUCCACGGACGGGCCCACCGCCCCUCGCAAACCGCGGACCAUCAUUCUUUGCUUCGACGGCACCUCGAAUCAGUACGACGGUGAUAACACGAAUGUCGUAAACUUCUUCUCUCUUCUCAAAAAGGACGACUUCGACGAGCAGCUGUGUUACUACCAGCCCGGCGUAGGAACGUACUUCAACCCAGGCGCCAUCUCCCCGCUCUUCCAAUGGGUCGCCAAAAUCGCAGACGAAGCGGUCGCGUGGUACCUCAACGAGCACGUCAUGGACGGCUAUCGCUUCCUCAUGUCCAACUACCGUGUCGGGGACAAAAUAUGCUUGUUCGGCUUCUCCAGGGGCGCAUAUACCGCCCGCGCGCUCGCAGGGAUGCUCCACAAAGUCGGGCUCCUACCGAAGGACAACGACGCGCAGGUCCCCUUCGCGUACAAGCUCUACUCGCGCACGGACAAGACCGGGCUCGAAUUGUGCCAAGGCUUCAAGCGCAUGUUCUGCCAGAACGUCCAGGUCGAGUUCGUCGGAGUUUGGGAUACGGUUGCGAGUGUGGGGGUAAUCAUGGGCAAGACCCUGCCCUUCACGACGUCGAAUACGACUAUCAAGACCUUCCGGCAUGCCCUGUCUCUCGACGAGCACCGCGCAAAAUUCCGCCCAAACCUCUACCACCGCCCCGCGCCGGACGACAAAGCCGCGUCCAAAGACCCGGAGCACGCCAGCCCACCAAUGAGCACCGCCGCGACCUUCGCGUCCGCCGCGAGUUUGCUGGACGGAAAGCGGACGGCCGGGGUCAAGCUCAAGAGACUGUUCUCUGCGUCGGGUAAGAAGAAGCAACAGGCGAAGGGGCAGAAUGAUGGGGCGGUGAAAGAAGGUGAUGUGGGUGAUACCGCUGAGAGGGGAGAUGCGGAUUCUGCCGCGAGGAAGAACGAGAGGAGCGAGGUACAGGUAAGGGAAGAUGGCCCGGGAGAUGCGGCAUUCCUGUCGCCCGACGACCCUGCUGCGCCCGACCUGCCCAGGGCGAACAGCCAGGACGUCAUCUCUGGUGGGACAGAUGUCAAGGAGGUCUGGUUCUCCGGGUGUCACAGCGAUGUGGGCGGCGGCGCCGUGCCCAACUCGACCGCACACAGCCUCGGGGACAUCACGCUGCGCUGGAUGGUUCGCGAGGUGACAAUCUCGCAGUGUGGGAUCCUGUUCGAGGAGGCUGCGCUGAAGAGGCUGAACAUACCCGAAUAUGGGCUGACACCGAUCCACGACGAGCUGGGGUGGAAGGGCAAGUGGGCGUGGUGGCUGUUGGAGAUCGUACCGACGAGCUAUGCGUGGCAGGAUAAGGACGGGGUCUGGCACAAGACGUGGAGCAUCCACUUCGGUCGCGGCAGGAACAUACCCGACCCGAACCCCCAGUUCCACACUACUGUGAAGGAACGAAUGGAAGGCGCACACCUGAAAUACAGGCCGAGAGCGAAAUGGUCCGGGACUCCAGAAUAUGUCCUGGAUUAA